AUGAACACCCUUCGAUCGUUUUGGAACAGUCCCAUUGGUCCUAAAACCAGUCAUUUCUGGGGUCCUACCUUCAACUGGACUCUUCCUAUUGCAGCUGCCAUGGAUACUCAGAAACCACCAGAAAAGAUAUCUGGCAAUAUGACUACAGUAAUGUGUCUUUAUUCGGGAAUAUUUAUGCGGUUUGCUUGGGUGGUGAAACCGCGGAACAUACAUCUUCUUGUAUGUCAUAUGUCUAAUGAGACAGUGCAAUUGUACCAACUCUCAAGAUGGAUCAGAUCUCAAAGUGGCAGUGAGGUGAAGGAAGAGAAAGCAGAAGAGUAA